UUCAGAUCUUCCCAGUCGGAAGCUCUCCUCGACCUCACCACCAACGGGCCGCCCUGCGCCCCACUACAGACGUUCUCGGAAGAGGAGUUGAUGAUAAAGAACACAGUUAAAAAGUUUGCCCAGCAACACAUCGCCCCUUUGGUUUCGACAAUGGAUGAAAAUUCGAAGAUGGACAAGUCAAUCAUACAGGGGCUGUUUCAGCAGGGGCUGAUGGGCAUCGAGGUUGACACACAGUACGGAGGAACGGGAGCUUCGUUUUUUUCCUGCAUCCUGGUGAUAGAGGAAUUAGCCAAAGUUGACGCUUCAGUGUCCGUUUUGUGUGACAUCCAGAAUACAAUAAUCAACACGCUUAUGAAAAAACACGCAACAGAAGAGCAAAAGGCCACUUACCUGCCCCAGCUGGCUUCCAGAAAAGUGGGAAGUUUCUGCCUCUCUGAGGCUGGAGCAGGUAGUGACUCAUUCUCUUUGAAGACAAGAGCAGAUAAGAAAGGAGAUUAUUACGUCAUCAACGGGUCAAAGAUGUGGAUCAGCAAUGCCGAGUACGCAGACCUGUUCCUGGUGAUGGCUAACGUCGACCCUGCCGCCGGGUAUAGAGGUAUCACCUGCUUCUUGGUGGACCGUGAUGCUGAAGGCUUCCACAUCGGGAGACCAGAGAACAAAAUGGGCCUCAGAGCUUCCUCGACGUGCCCAUUAACGUUUGAAAAUGUCAAGGUUCCAGAAACCAGUAUCCUGGGACAAGUUGGGCAAGGCUAUAAGUACGCAAUCGGGAGUCUCAAUGAAGGGAGGAUAGGCAUUGCAGCGCAGAUGCUGGGACUGGCACAAGGAUGUUUUGACUACACUAUCCCAUAUAUUAAAGAAAGAGUGCAGUUUGGCAAAAGAAUAUUUGAUUUUCAGGGCCUUCAACACCAAGUGGCUCACAUAGCCACCCAGCUCGAAGCUGCCAGACUGUUGACCUACAACUCUGCCAGGCUCCUAGAAGCUGGAAGGCCAUUCAUUAAACAAGCAUCUAUGGCCAAAUACUAUGCAUCAGAGGUGGCGGGGCUCACAACCAGUAAGUGUGUGGAGUGGAUGGGGGGCGUCGGCUACACCAAAGAUUACCCUGUGGAGAAGUUCUUCCGAGAUGCCAAGAUUGGCACAAUCUACGAAGGAACUUCCAAUAUCCAGCUGAGCACCAUCGCCAAGCGGAUCGACGCGGAGUACUGA